GUCUCCAGCUCCAAAAUGGCGGCCGCCGCUGGGGGGCUUCUGCCGGUCGGUAGUACCCCGCGCUGCUGAGCCAGCAUCGGCUUUUCUACCUCUUGAACCUGGAUUCGCUUAGGGGUUGGGAAGGGCAGUGGACGGCGUUGGGGGAGGCCUGACAAGGCAAGUGAGGGCAGGAGAAAGGAGCAAGCCUCUGGCGGGGGAAGGCGGCGUCACUGGCCCUCUGGGAGCGACGGGCCCCGACUCCGACCCAGUCUCCCCCAACGACUCGCCCCCGCCGCUUCGGCUGCCACUGUCCCGGUCGUUCCUGGCAGAAGUGGUCAGCGAGGGAAAGAGAAGUGACUUCUCCAUGGGUUUCAAGCUCCCAGCUGUUUUGCGGCAGCUCGUUGAUAACUCUUCAGAAUUCCUGGUGUUUCAUCAUAUAUACGACUGAGAUAUCAACCCUUCUAGCUUGCUGUUUCUGGACCAAAAAAAAUGACGUCUAUUAUCAAGUUAACUACCCUUUCUGGGGUCCAAGAAGAAUCUGCCCUUUGCUAUCUUCUCCAAGUUGAUGAGUUUAGAUUUUUAUUGGACUGUGGCUGGGAUGAGCACUUUUCUAUGGAUAUUAUAGAUUCCCUGAGGAAGCAUGUUCACCAGAUUGAUGCAGUACUGUUGUCUCACCCUGAUCCUCUCCACCUUGGUGCCCUCCCAUAUGCUGUCGGAAAGUUGGGUCUGAACUGUGCUAUCUAUGCAACCAUUCCUGUUUACAAAAUGGGACAGAUGUUCAUGUAUGAUCUUUAUCAGUCUCGACACAAUACGGAAGAUUUUACACUCUUUACAUUAGAUGAUGUGGAUGCAGCCUUUGAUAAAAUACAGCAGCUAAAAUUCUCUCAGAUUGUGAAUUUGAAAGGUAAAGGACAUGGCCUGUCUAUCACACCUCUGCCAGCUGGUCAUAUGAUAGGUGGAACAAUAUGGAAAAUAGUCAAAGAUGGAGAAGAAGAAAUUGUUUAUGCAGUUGACUUCAACCACAAGAGGGAGAUCCAUUUAAAUGGAUGUUCCCUGGAAAUGCUAAGCAGGCCUUCCUUACUUAUCACAGAUUCAUUCAAUGCUACAUAUGUACAGCCUAGAAGAAAACAGAGAGAUGAGCAGCUUCUGACAAAUGUCUUGGAAACACUUCGAGGUGAUGGAAAUGUGUUAAUAGCAGUGGACACAGCAGGCAGAGUUUUGGAACUUGCUCAACUUCUUGAUCAGAUUUGGAGGACUAAAGAUGCAGGACUGGGUGUUUACUCAUUGGCACUCCUAAAUAAUGUCAGUUACAACGUGGUGGAGUUUUCUAAAUCCCAGGUAGAAUGGAUGAGUGAUAAAUUGAUGAGAUGUUUUGAAGACAAAAGAAAUAAUCCUUUUCAGUUUCGCCAUCUCUCUUUAUGUCAUGGUCUUUCUGACUUGGCCCGAGUACCUAGCCCUAAAGUUGUGCUUGCCAGCCAACCUGACCUGGAAUGUGGAUUUUCAAGGGAUCUCUUUAUUCAGUGGUGUCAGGAUCCUAAAAACUCAAUCAUUCUAACUUACAGAACUACUCCUGGGACUUUAGCACGUUUCCUAAUUGAUAAUCCUUCUGAAAAAAUUACAGAAAUAGAGUUGAGGAAACGUGUGAAGCUUGAAGGGAAAGAACUUGAGGAAUACUUGGAAAAAGAGAAACUAAAGAAAGAAGCUGCCAAAAAGCUUGAGCAGUCAAAAGAGGCAGAUAUAGAUUCCAGUGAUGAGAGUGACAUUGAGGAAGAUAUUGACCAGCCAUCAGCUCAUAAGACGAAGCAUGACUUGAUGAUGAAAGGUGAAGGCAGUCGUAAAGGAAGUUUUUUCAAACAGGCAAAAAAGUCCUAUCCUAUGUUUCCUGCCCCAGAAGAAAGAAUUAAAUGGGAUGAAUAUGGAGAGAUUAUCAAACCAGAGGAUUUCUUGGUGCCAGAGCUUCAAGCUACUGAAGAAGAAAAAAGCAAAUUAGAAUCUGGUUUGACAAAUGGAGAUGAACCCAUGGAUCAGGAUUUAUCUGAUGUUCCUACUAAAUGUAUUUCUACAACAGAGUCUAUUGAAAUAAAAGCCCGGGUUACCUACAUAGACUAUGAAGGACGGUCUGAUGGGGAUUCCAUUAAAAAAAUCAUUAAUCAGAUGAAACCACGACAGUUGAUCAUCGUCCAUGGCCCACCAGAGGCCAGUCAGGAUCUGGCAGAGUGCUGUCGCGCCUUUGGUGGGAAAGAUAUUAAAGUGUACAUGCCAAAGCUGCAUGAAACAGUUGAUGCCACGAGUGAAACUCACAUCUACCAGGUGAGAUUAAAAGACUCACUUGUCAGCUCUCUUCAGUUUUGUAAGGCAAAAGAUGCUGAAUUAGCUUGGAUAGAUGGUGUCUUAGAUAUGAGAGUUUCCAAAGUGGACACAGGGGUUAUUUUAGAAGAAGGAGAACUAAAGGAUGAUGGAGAAGACUCAGAGAUGCAAGUGGACGCUCCCUCAGAUUCUAGUGUUAUAGCCCAACAAAAGGCCAUGAAAAGUCUGUUCGGAGAUGAUGAAAAAGAAACAGGUGAAGAAAGUGAAAUCAUUCCUACUUUGGAACCCUUGCCACCUCAUGAGGUUCCUGGACAUCAGUCAGUUUUUAUGAAUGAACCAAGACUGUCAGACUUCAAGCAAGUUCUCUUACGGGAGGGGAUUCAAGCUGAAUUUGUAGGAGGUGUACUUGUUUGCAACAAUCAAGUAGCAGUCCGCAGAACGGAAACUGGACGCAUUGGAUUAGAAGGCUGCCUUUGUCAAGACUUUUAUAGGAUAAGAGACCUUUUAUAUGAACAAUAUGCCAUUGUGUAAAAGACAUGAUGUCAAGAAGGAUCUGCUUGACCUUUCUAAGAAAAAGGGAUUCUUAUCUUCCUUUGAGCUUUUGAUGUUUGGUUUUGUAACAUACAGAAAGAAUCUGCCAGAAAAACUUACAUGUAUUAGAUUUUUAAAAAUAUAAAUAGAGAACAUUUUGCAAAUGCUCAAAUGAGCAUUCUAUCUUUUGGCUUUCAGAGUGAUAGAGCUCCUAACAGGUGUACAGGUCCAAGAGUUGAAGGUGAUUGGUUUUCUUUACAGACUCCUUGUUCUAGAAGGGCUUUUUACUUGAAUAAAACAAUGCAACUUAGCAAACCAAUUCAUGGCCUUAGAGAAACAUUUUUGCAUGAGUUCUUACAAACUGUUAUAUUUUCUGGAAUGAUAAGUGAGAAUUAUUUAGAAAAGACAUGCUCAAAAAAAAAAAAAAAAGAAAACUAAACUGAUAAAACAGUUUUUUGAAGUUUAUUUUUAAAAGCAUACGUGCUAUGAAUCUUUCCAGUUUGAAUAUGCAAUUGUUUUCUGCCUAUAUUUCCCAGUGAUUUACUCUAGGGUAAGGUACUACACAUUUGGUUCAGAAAUCAAUUUUUAUUUCUCCUAUAUCUUGUUUUAUCAAGAUUUUGUUGUGGCAUUUCAAUGUAAAUUAUAACACCAUCAUUUGAAUAUACACAAUUCAAAAGAACUCCUUGAUGCAGUAUAGUCUUAAGGGUUCUGCAUACCUUUUAGAAACAUCUUAGCCAUCAGUUAGGUCCUGUAUUAAACUGUUUAGUGCUCUGUUUUUAAGAAAACAAAUGUUGAACCUCACACUUUUAUGUGGUGACAGUAUAAUUUAAUUAAAAGGUGUAAAUGUUUUCAUCUCUUAGGCUUGCUCUCUCCAAAGGUCACCCAAGCAGUUGUUGGAUUUUAUACACAUUACUACUAAAAUAAUACUAAAGUUGGAUAAGGUUGUCCUUUCUGUGUUUGCAUCUUUCUUGUGACUAACCACCCUGAUAUAGUAUAAACCACUGUGUUCAAGAGUAAAAACAAUAUAUGCAAUUUUCAUUGAACUUAAGGAGUGAAAACCAUGUAAACU